GAUUUACAUCCAGUUUGUACACGACCCGAUUGGUCAACUAAUCUAAAAAAUAAUCAAUGAUUAGUCGACCAUUAAAAUAAUCGUUUGUGGCAGCUCUACUAAUGAACACAAACAAACGCAUUCUGUCAAUGCAGCAUCGAGUCCUGUUUAAAACCAGCAUUAAAAGAAAAUGAAGUUUGUCUUCAGAAAAAACUCGUUUUUGUUUAAAAGAAAAUCUUUUAAUUAGAAGUUUGUCACCACAAACUCUGUGGUUAUAAACUGUGAAAUCAGGGGCACAUUUAAACCCAGCAGUUCAGAAAAUACCCCAGAAUGUGCAUUCUUUAAGAGCAGCGGUGAUUAUGGUUAAUUAAUAAGCGAGGCAUAAAUCAUUGUCCUGGGAAGCGGCGGGUCACGCCGUGACAUGAAGCGUCAUCACACAUCAGCAGUUUGAGUCUCAGCUGCUCCAGAUUCAUGUUUAAUGGUUAUAAAAUAAAGUUUAAAACUUGAGUUUUUUAGUUCAUUUGGGAGAUAAAUUUGUUUUCCGCACGAAAUACUAAAAUGUUUGUUAUUUCAAAGAAUAUUCAGAAUUGUUCAGUUAAUUUGCUGUUUUAUGGACUUGCAGGUUUAUUAUCUGCUUUAACCAUAAAGAUUUAGACUGUUUCUGGUCACAACUCUUGCUGCACUCCAGAUGUUUGCAUUCGUUGUGGUCAGCUCGAGGACCAGGAGGCGGGUAAGCCUUCAGUGGUUUUGGUAAAUGAGUUAGCUGGUUUAUUGACCCUCCGUUUAAAUAGGGCUGUUGGACUUUCUCCUCCUCCAGUAGCUGCUCACACGCCAGCCGACCGUUUGCGCUCCUGCAGGCCAUUCCUCCGCGCUGAACAUGCGACCGGUCUUUGUCUCAUUGAUCCUGGUUGCCGCACACAUUUCUGCAGAAGCGGAUUGCAGAGCGAUCUCUCGGCUGCAGCGGCUGCAGCUGCAGCACGUGACGGGCGGCGAUAAAAGCCGGACGCGCUGGAGUCUGUCCGCUGGAAGAAUACGUUUAAAGUCGGGUCAGAAUGGAGCGAUGACAGGAGGGGUUUACGGAGGCCUGCUGGAAAGAACAGCUACAAACAACUUUGUGUCAAUAUUUGACUUGAGCAGAAAACAGUUUCUCUGCACGGACUCAAGCGGACAGCUGAUCCACUCGAGACGGAGCCUGGACUGUUUUCUCCGCAGUUUCCGGCUGAAUCUGGCAAAGCGGCGCGAGGUGUUCCCCUCGCCGAGAUCGAAGCAGCUGCUCAAACAGGGGGGAGGAGACGUGCCGAACCGCGAGCCGCCGGGGGCCAGGAGGCGCCGGAGGAGCAAGGAGGUCAACCCCUCCGACCCCCUCAUGUCGGAAACGCAUCCCUCGCUUCCCGCCAAAGAUGGAGAUAAGAGCCAGCCGGAUCAGGACCAGGCCGGCGCCGUGUCCAAGGAGACCAUCACGUCCUGCGACGACCCCCUGCGAGUGCUGAGGCCCAACGGCGCCGGCAGCCCCGUCAAGACCAACAUCGCCGACCGCGCCGAGCACAGCUGAUCCUCACGAAGCUCCACAGACUCAUUCUUCCAGGUCACAAAUGUGUUUGGGACACAAGGCGGUAAACCUGGUUACAUCACAGCGACACUGUUUGAAGAACGUCUGAUAACUCUGACGUAAGUUUGAUCCAGCCUCCUGCCGUCCUUCAACCUACUUUAGCUGUUAAAUUUUAAUCCACAGACCAGAUGAGGCCAUGUUUGUUUGCAUUUAUAAAAUAGGCCAAUCCAGGUGUAAUUCUUUGGAUGUGAAUGAAUGAUAAUGUCGUGUUUUUAAGAACAAUUACUGCCAGAACAACAAAAACUGAUCAGGUGCUGGACACCAAAAGUCACAGCAAUGAAAUUUAUUUAUUUAUUGAAAUGUGUGAAAAUGACUCUUUCUAGUUUGGUGUUUUAUUUAUAUAGUGCACGAUGUAUCAUUGCUGACAUGAAGGAAAAUAAAUGACUAUUUCAUGA